GUAUAUAAAUGCAGGCCAAUGGUCGUUCACAAUCCCACGGUCUGUUAGAGCUUCAUCACCAGCUGCCUUCAAACCCAGAGAGCCUGCAGACAUGGCGUUCAACGGAAACUGGAAGGUCGACCGCAACGAAAACUAUGACAAGUUCAUGGAGCAAAUGGGUAUUAAUAUCAUGAAGCGCAAGCUAGCAGAGCACGACAACUUGAAGAUCACCAUCGAGCAGACCGGGGACAAGUUUCACAUCAAGGAGUCCAGCACCUUCCGCACCAAGGACAUCGAUUUCACCCUGGGCGUGCAGUUCGACUACAGCCUGGCCGAUGGUACAGAAGUCUCAGGAACAUGGGAGAUGGAGGGCGACAUGCUGAAAGGCAAAUUCACCAGGAAAGACAACAGCAAGGUCCUGACCACCACCCGAGCUCUGGUGGGAGGAGAGCUGGUGCAGACUUACAACUAUGAGGGAGUGGAUGCCAAGAGGGUUUUCAAGAAGCAGUAACCUGGCCUCUGAAGUUCAUAUUUUAUUUUUAUAUAGAUGACACAAUAUAGAUUUCUUUUCCUAACAGAAAGAUUUUUUUUUUUUUUUAAAUGGGAUUCAACUUCAUAUACCUCAAAAAUGUUUAGAAAUUUCCAGAGUUUUUAACACUCAACUGUUAUUAGCAAUGCUAAACAGCUAUUCCAAUUAACAGCAGGUCAUGUUGAGAAAAAUGAUGAUUGACAGCCAAUAGAUAGAAAGAAGAAAAAAAAAAACAAGUAAUCUGAAGGAGAAAGUGCAUCACCAUGCCAAUCUUUGUGCCUUAGAAAGAGCGUUAACGACGAGUAUCCCAGAGAUGGCCUAACGGUCCGGAGAUAUUUAACCAUGUGGAUUUUUCCCCCCAGCCUUUGGGACAAGAAGUAUGUUGCAAUCACCUUAGAAAUUCCUAAAAAAAAAAGAGAGAGAACAGUAUCAAGUAUCUCUAGAAACAACUGUUUUUCGGAGGGACUACUUUAUUGGUAAAACCAAACUAUUCAAUUUUUUGGGGGGGAAUAUUGAAAGAAGAUUUUUAUAGAUUUGAGCCUCUUUUUAUUGGAGUGUAGGCAGACAUCUUACAAUAAAAAAGAGCAAAAAAGAAAAUACAAAAUAUGCACAUAAGAAGAUGUAUCUAGAAAAAAGAGUGACAUGCUUUAGUUGGCUUAUAGGGGGGUGGGGGGUUACCCUUUAAAUGUCUCCAACAGUAGGGUAAAAACAUGUCUUUGUUGUUAAAUUGACUCACACAGUGGACUUCAUCAUGAGUAGUAUUCAGCAGUACAAUAAUCAUCCCACACAAGCUGAAAUAUGUUGUAUAUUGUCUUUACACUGUUGGGGAUUAAUUCAAAUUGCACUAAUGGUCUUUUAAUUUAGUCUGUAAUAAUAAAAACAACUUUUUGUUUACCACUUGA